AAUCAUGAAUGAACUCCACUUACAACUAUUAUAUAUAAGAUCAACACGAGCUUGACAUGACACGACUAUUUCUUGACUCAUUUGAAUCACAAGCUGUUGAGUAUGAAGGACGAUGGCUCCGCACAUGGGCCAACACAGUACGGCCCGUGCCCAUCUUAUUCUAUACUCGAAGCCUUGGAGGACCUCCACAAAAGAGCCGCCAUUUUUCUCUUCCACAUCUCUUGAUCUCUUCCUCAACAGUCAACAAUCACAAAACUGCUCACCGAGUCACAGCCACAAUCUCAGAAGCCCCAACAUUCCAGAAUUCAAUUUCUGCUAACUCUUCAGGAUCGUCAUUUGCAUCAGUUUCCAACUCGGUUCUCUUGAAUGAAGCUUUGCAUUGUCUUGGUCAGAAAUGUAUACAUAAAUUUGAUUUGGUUGCGGAAACCUUUGAAAAGGUGCCCUUGUUGAUCAAGCCUGAUCUUCCGAAACCCCAUCAGAUUAAGCUUGGUGUCAUUGGAGAAAAAAAUUGUUUAUGUGCUAUGUUGGUACAUCACUCUGAGGAAGAGAAAUGGAUGUUCGAGUCGUGGAUGUUGGAGGAAUAUAACAAAUGGGAUUCUUGGAAAAAGUUGUAUAGAAUUGACUUGAAGAAGGAGAUUGCCAGGAACUACAUCGGAUUUUUAGGUUUCACAUACAAUGGCAAUUUUUGCAUUCGAGAAAAAAAUGGACUUAAACUCAUUGAUCCUUGCGAUCCACCUUCAUGUGUCAUGGUUUGCCGUGGAUCAGUAUUCGUAGCUAUUGAUUAUGUGGAGAGUCUUGUAUCUCCGUUUUCUCUUGAUUAAGUUGAUCUGAAGUUCAAAAUAUUCAAUCCAUUUUAGGAGAUCACUUGUGUGUACGGUCUGGAAGGCCAAAUCAUUUGGAGCAGAACAGAAUCUGUAGGAAAAGAUUCAUCUGGUGAAGCAUCUGAAUCCACUAGGACAGUCUCAAUUAGUUUACUUCAAGUAUAUACCUCGUCAAUCAGACAAGACAGACGAUGCUUGGGACUAAAUAGAGGAGGUAGUGUCAUAAAGAAAGUAAUGUAUGAAGGAAAUACGCCUUCUCUGAUUAGAUUGUUACAUUGUUACAGGACUCCUUAUCAUACAAAAUGCACUAUGACAGGGUAGGGAGAAAUAUCUGAAGAUUUUUCUUAAAUUCUUCAAAUUUGUGUCAAUCGUCAAUUACUACGGGGUUAGUGCAUUGUAGACCAAUUUUACUUGUACAAUGUCUUCUAUUUCUGUAGCUGAUAAUUUCUACAGAGGUUGAAGUGUUGAAUAUGAUUUGUUAUAUUUAACAAAGUGCUGCAUAAUUUUCUGUUUGAUUAGUGUCAGUCUGCAAUUCAGCUGCUUACAGUAAUACUAUUUCCUACCUGUUCCAAGUUUACAGCUGAGAAGUACAACACAGAGGCAGCAUAACAACUUGCCACUAAAGCUUCGACGUGAUUCAGGGUAUCAUAACACUUUUGAAUCAGUUGCCCUGUUUUACAGAUUCACAAUAACCAUAUUCAUCAAAAUGAGUCACCAUGCCUGAACCUCGUAUGCCUUUGGAUGUGAUGCCUUUGGAAAUCUCACAGCAGUCACGAUGCCUGAAUCUUGUAUCACCUUACUCCUAACUUCUAUAGUUCUACUGCAGGUGUUCGAGCUCAGAGAAGUUCAAAUGUGAAAAGGCACAUCCAAUCCUUCAAACAAGAAAGAGGAGCGAGGUUGUUGAUGCAAAUUAUUGAAUUCCUAAGUAAACUCGUGACUUAAAUCAAAUAUCCUAAUGAAAGCUAAGCGAGAUUCUUCUCUUUGGCCUUGGGAAGCAUUACCCCACUGAAUGUGAUAUUGACUGAAUCUACUAACUGCAAGUCUGCAAGUAUAGCUAAAUCAUUGCCAUAUUCUAUUUUGCCUUGUCACAAGACCUAGAGGCACGAGAACAAGAGAGCAACAUGCCAAUGUCAUACUGCUGCUCAUCUAUGAAUUCUUACACUAAUAUGUUUAGUUGUACUAAUACAAUAAUAGUGAAUAUAGUAGCUUGAAUUCAUACCUCAUACAUGCACGGAGAUUAAUCACCCAUAAGAAGUAAAAACACAUCUAAUGAAAAAAGGGUGAUACCUCAUACAUGCACGGAGAUUCAUCAAUAAUUGUUCUCACGUAAAUAAUAUAUUCAUGAAAAUAUGUAAUGGUUUAUUAUAUGAAUUUACUAUAAAUUGAGUGAGGGAUAGCUGCUCAAGUGGUUAAAACUUUCUUCCCAGUUUCCAUAAGAUCUUAAGAUUGAUUCUCAUCCCCGCUUUUGUGGCUCUCUAAGCACCAAAAAAAAAAAAAAA